CAGACAGGACUCGCUCUCAUGGCCUUGGCUGCCUGUGUGGCCCUUCCCUCCUCGGAAGCCAUACUUCCCAUUGCCUCCAGCUGUUGCACUGAGGUUUCUCAUCAUGUCUCCCGAAGGCUUCUGGAGAGAGUGAAUCUGUGCCGCAUCCAGAGAGCUGACGGGGACUGUGACUUGGCUGCUGUCAUCCUUCACGUCAGGCGCAGAAGAAUCUGUGUCAGCCCGCACAGUCAUGUUAUUAAGCAGUGGAUGAAAGAACAAGCAGCCAAGAAAAACGCUAAGGGCAACUCCUGCCACAAGAAGAAACAUGCCGGUCAGAGGAAAAGUAAAGGGGCACAUCAGGGGAAACCAGAAAUCCACAGCCAUAAAAGUUCUUAUAAAGUGUUUGCAAACGAACCUACACAGACAGUUCCUCAACUGGACUUGGCCACGGUUGCUUAUAAAUUUAUCUCGUGAAUGUUCCUUAUUGGGAGUCAACAGGGCAAAACAAACUACAUGUCUUAAAGGAAAAAUUAUACAGGAUACAAAUGUAGCCAAUAAUAUACUC